GACAAUUAUUAUUACCAUAACCUACAAGUUAAAUCCAAAGAUUUUUGCAAAUCAAAAUGAAUAGUUUAAUUAAGUUGAGACAUAUAAUUUCAAAAGUAAGGCCCUUUUGUCGGCUUUCAUCUACGACGAACAACAUAUACGAACCAGAUUAUUUGCAUUUACUGAAAUCCAAAGUGCCUUUAUACGACACCAUCAAUAUACAGAUGAGGGGUCACGAUUAUGCGAUCUUGGAGAACUAUCAGAAGCUUGUUCAUAACAUGGCCAAGAAUAUGGACAUUGAUGUAGAGGACGCCUGGGCCGUCCCAGCCCAAGAUAUGCAGAUCACCACUUACAAAGAAAACAGUGAAGUCAUUAAUUCUCAAUAUAGCUUGAAAACUUAUGAGCGUUCAGUACAAAUUACAGAUGUUAGCAGUUUAAAGUUACCAAUUUUAUUAAGAGCUUUAGAAGCAUCCACUCCAAUGGGUGUUUCAAUUGCUGUAGUAAAUCAUGAAGAUUACCAUGAAGAGGUGCGAUACAUCCCUGACAAGGAGUUACUCGAAUUAAAACAAGAAUUGGAUGAAAUGGGAGGGCCAAGAAAAGUGCGAUAAGUAUGCAAAAAUACUGUAUUUAAAAAAUA